AUGUCGAUACCGGAAGAUGAAGAAGGAGAAGACUUGCCGGACCAGUUCCAGGACUACAAAGUUUCUUCGUGGAACCAGCCUGCAGGCGUAGCUGGUAGUAAAUCAGUAAAGAAGGACUCGCUUGAAUCGCUGUUGGCGGAGGACCUGUAUGAGCAAAGAUAUGGUUUUCCGGUCGAGCAUGAAACGGAGGAGCUGCAGGAACAAGACAGAGAUGGUGAGGGGCUGUCUCAAAAGCUAGCAGAAGUCAAGCAGUUGUACGAGGUCAAGUAUGGUGUAGAUCUCGAUGACGAAGAGUCCGUCCAGUACGAUGCGCAGGGCACGCCGUGGCUUGAGGUUCGUGGCACCGGCUGUCCCAGAGACAUGCGUGUGGAGCGUUUGGAGCGGAUGCUCGAGAAUGUCAAGGGCUUGUAUGCCGAAAGCUAUGGCCGCGAUGUUGACACCGAGUAUGAUGCGGAUGGAACGCCUUGGUCCGUGACGGAAGGAACAGGAGUUCCGCGAGACUGCCGCGUGGAGAGGCUUGAGCAGAAGCUAGCGGAAGUCAAGCAGUUGUACGAGGUCAAGUAUGGUGUCGAAGUCGAUACCGAAGAGUCUGUCCAGUACGAUGCGAAGGGCACGCCGUGGCUUGAGGUUCGUGGCACUGGCUGUCCCAGAGACAUGCGUGUGGAGCGUUUGGAGCGGAUGCUCGAGAAUGUCAAGGGCUUGUAUGCCGAAAGCUAUGGCCGCGAUAUUGACACCGAGUAUGAUGCGGAUGGAACGCCUUGGUCCGUGACGGAAGGAACAGGAGUUCCGCGAGACUGCCGCGUUGAGAGGCUUGAGCAGAAGCUAGCGGAAGUCAAGCAGUUGUACAAGGUCAAGUAUGGUGUCGAAGUCGACACCGAAGAGUCUGUCCAGUACGAUGUGCAGGGCACGCCGUGGCUUGAGGUUCGUGGCACCGGCUUUCCCAGAGACAUGCGUGUGGAGCGUUUGGAGCGGAUGCUCGAGAAUGUCAAGGGCCUGUAUGCCGAAAGCUACGGCCGCGAUGUUGACACCGAGUAUGAUGCGGAUGGAACGCCUUGGUCCGUGACGGAAGGAACCGGAGUUCCGCGAGACUGCCGCGUGGAGAGGCUGGAGCAGAAGUUGAAUGAAGCAAACCUGCUCUUUGCUGCAAGGUAUGGUCAAUCCGCCUUGGCCUCUCAACCUGAUAUAGUUCCUCAGGGUGGCGACUUUGCAUAUGACGAGGAUGGAACGCUCUGGAUCAAGAGUGUUACCACAGGUCGGCUUGGCCACAUGGAAGUUCCUUCUGAAGGAACUUUGGCUGACAUGCUCACGGAGGUGAAAGUGCUUUGCAAUGAAAGAUUUGCAGCGAAGCCUACUGAAGAGACGCAGUCUUCCUGGAGUGACGAGGAUGGAGCACCUUGGGUUCAAGUCGGUUCAUCCAGCGGCGGGGUUGCGACCACGGACAAGGACAAGUUGUUUGAAGGAACUUGCAGCCUGCAGUAA